CUCAGUGAGCGACGGCGAAGACAAAAGUAAUUUAUAAGCGUCGCGCGCGCAGCAAACAAAUGUAUAAUAUUCAAUGAAGAAGGGGGAAUAAAAUUAGAAAAAAAGUUAAAUAAGAUAAUAAUAUGACACAAAACCCAUUGGCGCCGUACGCUAUCUAAAUGGCUGCACUUCUAGUUUUGUUUUAAUAAAAGAACAGUCAAAUAUUAGAGUAAGCACAACAAAUAAAAUUUGUGUUAAUGCAGUGCGGACAUGUCUUGAAAGCCCGUUAAAAGUCACUAUUUACUGCUGCUCAGCCAAAAUGCCAUAAACAUAAGCGUCGAGGAGUUGAGAGCAGAUAAGAUCAAAAGCGGCAAGCAAAAGACACUUCGAAUCCAAAGUAAUCUAAAAUUCGCAACAUGACUGCGCAAGUGCGGAGUUUACGGUGCGGGACGCUGUUCAUAAUGCUUGUGAUUACUCUAACAUUGGCCUCGCCAGCGCCCAGUCGCCAGUAUAGCUGCAUGAGCUACAAGGAGAACGACAAUUCACAGCACGACGACGACUAUGAGCAGGAGAGCAGCGAAGGCCUCAGUGUGGAGCAGCAGCAGCAGUACCUGGAGACAGGCACCUUGCCAACUGAACCACACAAGCGCAGCUGCACCGAGGGCUAUACGUUCUGUUUCACUCUGUGGAAUCAGACCUCGAAUGGCACACGUUUCGUUAAGCAGGGUUGCUGGAAGGACAACACAGACCGAAACUCCAUUUGCAGCCACUCGAAGUGCACCAGCUCGGCACCCACAUCCCGCAACAACAGCCUCUACUACUGCUGCUGCUCCGGCGAGCUGUGCAAUGCGCAAGUGGCUAUCGUGGAGCCAGCGCCGCAAGAGCUGGCGAACCAUGUGCAGCUGGUGAUCUACAAUCGAGCCACAUCGCAGCAGCAUAGUUCUUUUAGAGCCACCACGCUGCUCACCUGUGUGGGUCUGCUGACAGUCCUCGUAAUCGGCAUUCUGUUGGCCGUUCAGUAUUGUCGCGGCGUCAAGGAGAACAGCGAGCCGGAGGAAUCGCCGUUGGCCCCAUCCGGACCCGGCUACAGUUCCAAUCUGCGAAAUGUCGACAAUAUAAACCUGAUCAGCAUGCUUGGCAGUGGCAAAUACGGCACUGUGAUGAAGGGCAUGCUGCACGACCAGGAAGUGGCCGUCAAGAUCUACCCCGAGGCGCACCAUCAGUAUUACGUGAAUGAGAGGAACAUAUACGCACUGCCGCUGAUGGACUGUCCGGCACUGCUCAGCUACUAUGGCUACGACGAGCGCCGCACCAUGGAUGGUCGCAUGGAGUACCAGCUGGUGCUAUCGCUCGCACCACUGGGCUGCCUUCAGGAUUGGCUGAUUGCCAACAGCACGGACUUUACCCAGUGCUGCGGCAUGCUGCGCUCCAUUACGCGUGGCCUCUCCCACUUGCACACCGAGCUGCGGUUAGGCGAGCUGCACAAGCCCUGCGUGGCCCACCGGGAUCUCAACUCGCGCAACAUUCUGGUGCAGGCGGAUCUGAGCUGCUGCAUAGCGGACUUUGGAUUUGCACUGAAGGUGUUCGGCUCGAAGUACGAGUACAAGGGCGAGGUGGCCAUGGCCGAGACCAAGAGCAUCAAUGAGGUGGGCACACUGCGCUACAUGGCUCCGGAGCUGCUCGAGGGUGCCGUCAACUUGCGGGACUGCGAGACAUCGCUCAAGCAAAUGGAUGUUUACGCCCUGGGCCUGGUGCUGUGGGAGGUGGCGACACGUUGCUCGGACUUCUAUGCUCCCGGCCAAAUGACGCCGCCCUACAAGGCGCCCUACGAGCAGGAAGUGGGUCCGCAUCCCACAUUCGACCAGAUGCAGGCUCUAGUGGUGCGGCACAAGGCACGCCCACUGUUCCCUGCCGGCUGGGGCGGUGGUGCGGCUGCCAAGCUUGUGCGCGAUACCUGCGAGGAUUGCUGGGAUCACGAUGCAGACGCCAGGUUGACAUCGCUUUGCGCCGAGGAGCGUAUGCAGGAGGUGUCCAGCUUGCGCCCACGUCUCCAAACGCAGCCGGCUAGUCCGCUGCUUAACACCAACAACUUGGCCUCGCCGACGGCGACACUCGUUAACACAAUCAGCAACACGACAACGACAACGACAACGACAGCGGCUGCAGUGCAUCAAGCCCAAUCGCAGCUCUCGUCAGCCGAUGGCGGACUGCUGCAGCCGCCGCCCAAUCAGCAGUUCCCCACAGAGAAGAAUCACUUGAGCUACGCUCAGCCUCAGUUGCAGCCGCACCUGCAGGGGCGCAAUCCUUGCCAGGAGCGCAAUCUGGCGCCUCAGUCACUGCGGACGCCGCCUGUGCUCGUGGAGCGCAGUAAGAAGCACAGCUUUCAGCCCCAGCAGGAGCAGAGCCUGUCCUGCCUGGAGGACGACGUGAGCGUGGAAGAGCUCAUUGCCAGUCGCCAGCAGAAGCAGAACUCAAGUCUGGGCCAGGGCUUUCCAAAGCAACAGAACACAGAUCAGAAGUUACGUGGAUGGCAUGGUGUGCGCGCCCUGAUCCACAAGAAACUGUUUCGCAAGGAGCACGCCGAGGAGCUCUGCAGGCAGCUGCAGCUGGGCGAGGAGAAGUCAAAUCUCGUGGCGGCUCUAAAGAGCAUGGACAAUGCACAAUUGGCCAGUGGUCUCAGACGACCCAACAAUCUGGACCUGAGCCCCCUGCAGUCACUGGACAGAGCCAAUUUGCUGCAGCUCCGCAGCGCGGAGCAGCGUACCGGCACACCCGCUCAUAUAGUGCCACGUUCGCUGUCCAGCAGUCUCAUUAAGCACAUUAACUGCAAUGGGAGCAUUAGCCAUAACCAGAACCACAACCAAAACCACAACAACAACAACGAGAACGAGCUGCACAUGCUGUCCGGCUCCAGGGCUCCAAAGCGACGUCCCGGACACCUGCGCACAAACUCGCUGCUGGUGACCAGCAACAGCGGCAACCUGCAGACGCCAACAGAGCAGCAAAUGCGUCGCCAGCACAGCCUGGAGGUCUUCCGCGAGGUAUUCAGUGGGCAUGGCAGCAGUGAACGACUGCGCGAUCCCAGCGAGCGGGUCAAAACGCCCGGAGAUGUGCCGCCCUCCGUGCGGAAGGCUCGCGCCUCGAAGACCCUGAGUCUAUACGAUGAUCGCAUGAUGGACUCGUCGCUGUUAAAUAUACUCUAGCAUGAGGAGGUUCUGCUGCUGGAGCUUUAAGUCUAUCAUCGGCAGCAGAACUACAUAUUUAGUGAACUCAUAUCUUAAGUAUCAUCAAGCCCACAUAUUCAGCGAUAGCCAUACGAAGAGCUAACGGCUCUCGACCUGAUACCUAAAUCCGAUAUUGAGAAAAAAAAACAUUCACACAUACUCACACAGAUAUAUCUAACAAAUAUAUUGUAUUUUUCAGAAGCAUAAUCCACAAAUUCUCGCUCAUAGCAGAUAGAUCCAGAGAAAUCUAGAAGUAUAUGUAUUUUUCCACCAAUCAUCGUAGUGUUUAGUGCGGUAAACAACCAAAGUCCUUAUAGGUUAGAACAGGAUGCAACAGCAUAGUACGGAGUAGAAGUAUAUAGAAGACUAAAGAGCAGGUAAAUCAGUAUAGGCGAGAUAUUUUUGACUUGAACUGGACGUUAAGCAGUCUGAUUAUAGUGAAACGAUAGUGGUAUAGAGGUUAAGUUCUCAAUAGAAUUGAGCUUACAGGGCAUAACUGUACCCUGGCUAGGUUUACAGUCGGUUUAGAAUCAACCAGAAUGGGGCUUUCAGCGGGCCAACAGGUUAGGAAAAGAUUUUUAAAACUAUAAACCCAAGCAUAUAUAACUAAAACAAAAGCAUUUAGACUUAUUACACGAUUAUAUAUAAGUCGGCUGGGGCUGACUCUGCGACAGAAAGCUAACUUAAAUGAAGAGAACGAGAAGUAUGCAGCCCUGAGUGCAGAGCACACACACAGCAAAAGACACGCCUAUUAUACGAACCCAUUCUAAACCAACUCUGACACCACAUAAAGAAUUUCAUGCGUAUGCCUUUCUAUUGUAUUCAAACUUAGAUUUGGAUUAGGUUUCUUUAUCAUUUACGUAGUACAUGUAGACCAAAACACCCGCAGCCUUUUAAUUAAAAAAUACAUUUAUAUAUAUACAUAUAUAUAAUUAAACACUAGUCAUAUGAUUUACCUUUACUAUAAAUAUGUUUAAGAAACGUUUAUUUAACUUCAUUUAUUAAGGCAAAUAAACAAUGAACUCCAGGUGUA